CUUCCGGUCACAUGACUCUCCGACUCCUCUUGUCUCCGCCGCAGCUUCCGUUUCCGCUCGGCUGAUUCUCCGUAGCCGCUGAGAGGCCGCACGUGUCCGGACAUGGGAGCCUAUCUGUCCCAGCCCAACACUAGCAAGAGCUCCGGCCAGGGCGGCAGCGGGAAGCUCAGCUAUGGCUACUCCGCCAUGCAGGGAUGGAGGGUGUCCAUGGAGGACGCCCAUAACUGUAUCCCGGAGCUGGACAGGGAGACGGCCAUGUUCUCUGUGUAUGAUGGUCACGGAGGUGAAGAAGUGGCUUUAUAUUGCUCAAAGUACCUGCCGGACAUUAUAAAGGAUCAGAAGGCGUAUAAGGAUGGGAAGCUGCAGAAGGCUCUGGAGGACGCCUUCCUCGCCAUAGAUGAGAAGCUGACGCUGGAGAGUGUAAUAAAGGAGCUGUCGCAGAUGGCUGGGCGGCCGAUCAAUGACCACGAGGACAAGAAUAAAGUAGCUGAUGAGGAUGACGUGGACAAUGAAGAAGCGGUGCUGCUGCAUGAGGAGGCCACCAUGACCAUCGAGGAACUGCUCACACGUUAUGGCCAGAACUGCGGGAAGGCGGCUCGGAGUAAGUGUCUGCACAACGCAGAGAAGACGGACUCUGAGGACAAGGCAGCCAGUGUGAACGGAGACCUGGAGCCGGACGCCCAGUGCAAGAAUGGCGAGAAGAAAACCGCAGCCACCACUGCCGCCAUAUCUUCAUCAGAUGAAGGGGGCAGCAGCUCAGGAAGCUCCUCUCGUAGCAAGUCCUCCAGAGAGGCAGUGUCCUCCACCGGUGAGGCCGGUCCAUCCUGCUCCUCCUGCCCCUCACAGCCACCACCAGCCACAGAAAAGUCUAAGUUCUUUGAGGACAGUGAAGAAUCUGAGGCUGAAGAGGAGGACGAGGACAGUGAGGAAUGCAGCGAGGAGGAUUACAGCAGCGAGGAGGCAGAAAAUGAGGAAGAGGAUGACAGCGAGGAAGUGGAGGAGGAGGAGGAAGAUGAGGAAGAGGAUGGGAUGCUGCCUGGCAUGGAUGGGAAGGAGGAGCCUGGUUCGGACAGCGGCACGACAGCGGUUGUCGCUCUCAUCAGAGGAAAGCAGCUGAUUGUGGCGAAUGCUGGAGACUCUCGGUGUGUGGUGUCAGAGAGAGGAAAAGCUGUAGACAUGUCCUACGACCACAAACCGGAGGAUGAGCUGGAGCUGACACGAAUCAAAAACGCAGGCGGGAAAGUCACCAUGGACGGCAGAGUGAACGGCGGCCUGAACCUGUCCCGAGCCAUCGGUGAUCACUUCUACAAGAGGAACAAGAACCUCCCCCCAGAGGAGCAGAUGAUCUCCGCUCUGCCAGACAUCAAGGUGCUGGCCCUUAAUGAGGAGCACGAGUUCAUGGUCAUCGCCUGCGAUGGGAUCUGGAAUGUCAUGAGCAGCCAGGAAGUUGUGGACUUCAUCCAUGAGAGGAUCACUCAGCAGGAUCAGAGCGGAGAGCCAGCCAACCUCUCGUCUAUAGUGGAGGAGCUCCUGGACCAGUGCUUGGCUCCGGACACGUCUGGCGAUGGGACGGGAUGUGACAACAUGACCUGCAUCAUCGUCCGCUUCCUGCCGUAUUCACACAGUAAUUCUGAGGCCAACAAGAGGAAACUGGAGGUGACGGAGAACUGCAGCGAAAGCAGCAAGAAAGCCAAGACAGAGUAAUGGCCGCCCCCACUCUGCCCACAUUGGACAUUGACCUCAUGGUCUUCAGACUUUUACGAGUAUUGUCUUUAAUUUUUUUUUUUUUUUUUUUUUACUGAUGGAUGUACAAACCUGUUGCGUUGUAGCCGCCGGAUGGUGCUCGUGUGGGGGAGGGGUGCGAUCACUGUGUAUAAUUUUGUAAUCAUUCCAUGACCCCUGUUCCCUUUGGCCCCUGGAACCUGUGGAUGAAUUUUAACAAUGCUUUUUAUAAAUGAGUGUGUGGCCUGACUCACUGUGG